UUUGGGUGGACAGAUCUUAGCGUGAUAAAUAAUUUUGGUGUCCUUCCCCUCCCUUCAGAUGUCAAAAGCGGAAAAUGGAACAGUUUAGGCCCUUUUGUAAAAAAAAACAUUGUUUUGAUCUGAAAUCCACUUCGAAUGAUUUUCAUCCUGCAAAAUUUUAAUUUUUCCGCGUUUCCAUCGAUAAUAUUUACCGAAAAUAUCAGAAAUUCCAAAAAGUAAGGCAAUUUUAACCAUUAGCUAGGAUGUAUUUAUUAUUCGUUAUAAGCGCCGUUUGCUUUUUGAUGGCAUUUUCAUCUAAAAUUGCUAAAUUGAUCCUUCCUCUGGUGCUCCGGGAACCGCCGCAAUUGAUAUCGCUGCGUGCCCAAAUCGAGCAGGCUCGCCGUGAGCUGGCCAAAAUAUCCAUGCGGGAACACUACCUCGAAUACGUGCACAAGGAACGCGCAUUGGUUCAGCUGGAGAAGGAAAUGGCAGUGCCGAGGGACAGCUAUAAUAGUAGGAAGCUAAUCUACGAUUACGGCAUUGGGUACGGCUUGUACGCGGUGCUGGCCUUGGGAUUGAUUGGAAUCUCGAUAUUUUACCGGUACACACCCGUGGUCGUGUUUGGAAGCAAUUUCAACUUUGAACCAUUCGGGAAGGUGCUGAAUUUUCCGACCGGAGUGCCGAAUGCGGUCUCGACCGUUUUCUGGAUCGUGGUGAACAACUUUGUGGCUCGGACCAUGGUCGGAUACGUUAAGUAGGAAGUGUAAUCGUAAUCGCUUCGUUAGAAAACUAGUUGACUAUUUUUUAUUGAUUUUAAAGACUAAUUAUAAUUUGUUUCAAACUUAA